AUGCCACUGUCCGCCCUGCUCUGCCUCUGCACGGCAGCCGCCGCCUCCUUCUUCACCAGCGCCGGCGACUACCGCCUGGCCGGACUCUUCUCGCUACACCUACCGCCACCGCGGGCUGCUGCGCAGCCGUUCGUGGGCGGGUGCGACAACAUCGCCACCAUCAAGAGCCACGGCUACUGCCUGUCCCAAGCCAUGCGCUUUGCCGUGGAGGAGAUCAACAACUCCAGCACCCUUCUCCCAAACAUCACCUUGGGCUACGACAUCCAUGACGCUUGCUCAGAGCCUGCCAGCCUGCAUGCCAUGCUGCAAGCCCUUGCCCGGAAAGGUGCCCAGGAGGUGGAAGUGCUCCCUGCCUUCCACCACUACCAGCCCGAGGCAGUGGCUGUCAUUGGACCCGACAGUACCCAGCUGGCCCUCACCACAGCAACCAUCCUCGGCGUCUACCUUGUCCCGGAGAUCAGCUAUGAAGCCUCCGCAGCGCCGCUGAGCCUGAAGCGGUUCUACCCCUCCUUCCUGCGCACCAUUCCCAGUGACGGGCAGCAGGUGAGGGCCAUCUUCCUGCUGCUGCAGCACUUUAGGUGGACAUGGGUUGCACUGCUGGGCAGCAACAACGCCUAUGGCCGCGACAGCUUGGAGGCCCUCUACAAACUGCUGAGCACAAGCAGUGUCUGCGUCGCCUACCGAGGGCUCAUCCCCACCGGCACCAAUGCCAGCAACCCGGAGCUCCACAACCUGGUCAGGAUCCUCAGGGACGUCAGGGUCAAGGUCACUGUUGUCUUUGCCACCAGGCAAAGCGUCCUCCCCUUCUUUGAGGUGGUGGUGCACAGGAACAUCACAGGCAUGGUGUGGGUGGGCUCUGAGGACUGGCCGUUGGCUCAGACCAUCUGGCAGGUGCCUGGCAUCAGGAGCAUUGGCUCAGUGCUGGGGAUGUCGGUCGAGAAGACGGAGUCCAUGAUGCUGGAACGGUUUGUGCCUUGGAAGGCAGCAGAAGAAAGUGCUGCAGCUGAACGUGCUGGCAGCACAGGGGCAGGUGUGGGGGAUGCAGAGAGCACCCAGCUGGCCUGCACCCAGCGCUGCACCCGCUGCCUCUCGCUUGCUGCUGCUCCUGACAUCUACGACGCUCAAGCCUCCUUCAACGUCUAUUCUGCUGUCUAUGCCGUGGCCCACGGCCUGCACGCCCUGCUGGGCUGCGCCUCGGGGGCCUGCAGCAAGCGCACUGUGUACCCCUGGCAGCUCCUACCAAGAAUCAAGCAAGUGAACUUCAGCCUGUACAGAAGCCACAUCUCUUUUGAUGCCAGUGGGGACAUCCGCAAGGGCUAUGACGUUGUCAUGUGGAACUGGAGCGGCCCCAGCUGGGCCUUUGACGUGAUAGGAACCUUCCGUGUGAACCCUGACAGGCUGAGCAUCACCCAGGGCAGAAUCCUGUGGCACACAGGGGAUCACCAGGCUCCCAGCUCCGUGUGCUCUGAGCCCUGCCAGCCUGGACAGAAGCGGCUGCAACGGAGCCGCCACCGCUGCUGCUUCAGCUGUGUGCCCUGCCCCUCGGGAACCUUCCUGAACAGAUCAGACCUCUACAGCUGCCAGUCCUGCAGGAUAGAUGAGUGGGCCCCAACGGGGAGUGAGGCUUGCUUCAACCGCACCAUCGAGUUUCUGUCCUGGUCCGAACCCAUCUCCUGGGUACUGCUGACCCUCACUGCCCUCCUCAUGCUGCUCCUGGCAGGGCUGGCCGUUCUCUUUGCCCUGAACGUCUCCACACCAGUGGUCAAGUCAGCGGGUGGGAACAUGUGCUUCCUCAUGCUGGGCUCUCUGGCCUGCGCCUGCAGCAGCCUCUUCUGCUACUUCGGGGAGCCCACAUGGCACUCGUGUCUGCUGCGGCUCCCCCUCUUUGCCAUCAGCUUCACCCUCUUCCUGUCGUGCGUGGCAACGCGCUCCUUCCAGAUCAUCUGCAUCUUCAAGCUGAACGCGCGCUGCCCGGCCCUCUAUGAGGCCUGGCUGCGCUGCAGGGGGCCGGUACUCUUCAUCGCGGCCAGCACGGUGGCCCAGGCGCUGCUGUGCCUGGCCUCGGAAACCAUCAGCCCCUCGGCACCGCGCAUGGACUACGGCGCGGCGACCGACCGGGUGCUGCUGGAGUGCGGCCGGAACGACGCGGUGAGCAGGACGGCCGUGACCGCCUACACCGUGCUGCUCAGCGUCUGCUGCUUCACCCUCAGCUACGCGGGCAAGGAUCUACCCGCCAGCUACAACGAGGCCAAGUGCUUGACCUGUAGCCUACUGCUGCACCUCGCCUGCUCCGCGACCGUGCUCUGCACUCAGGAUGCGUUCCGCGGGCGGGACGAGGCGGCGGCCCAGGUGUUCGGCUACCUCUGCACGGUGGGCGCGCUGCUGGGCGGCUUCUUUUUCCCGAAGGCCUUCGUCAUCCUGCUGCGGCCGCACUUCAACACUCCCGAGCACUUCCAGAUGGCGAUCCAGCACUAUACGCGGCGCCUGGCCGACACCUGA